AUGCCUAAGAACAGAGGACCCAAGUCUAACGCAAAUCGCCGCAACCGCGCCACUCGUCGCACUGAUCGACUUGCUCAUGUUCCUUCUCAUACCAUGAUCACCUACGAUGCAAGCCCCGCAGCUCUGUCUAUUGAUCUAGAUUUCUGCACCGAUAGACCAGUCGCCGAAGAGGAGGAGAUCUUCCAUGAACUUGUCAACACCGUUCCACAAUAUUCUGAUGAGACAAAUAUCAUUCAUCUGAGAAUGAUCUUUGGCAGUGUACUUAACGAUACCGAGGGAGUCAGCCGUCGGGGAGUUCUCGCUCAUGUCGUCGAAAUCAUUAAUGGUUUUCCACACAUCAAGGAGAUAACUUUUUCUAUUGAUAUUAACCACUAUGACUGGAAGCAAGUCAGCUCUGCGUCCGCCAUCUACGGCCUCAAGUUCCCUAAUUGGACUUUCAAUAUGAAGGUGGAAAAUCGUGAGGCUCAACAAAUCCUCUUUAACUCACGCAUCGAUCGACAACUUCGAGCAGCAGAGGCAAAAGCACUCCAACAAACUUUGUAG